UGUAUGUACCCAAGUACCUAUGGAGGAAUAGAAGGGAAACCUAAUACUCGACUAAAACUUGAAUUGGGGAUUGAAAGGCUAAAAUUUGCCAUCCUUUCUGUCUUUGGGAAGCAACAGAUCAAGGAGAAUCUUGAGGCCAAACUUCUUCUACUUUCAGUCCAGAUGGUGUCGGAGGCCACACGCACUGGCAAUGGAAUAUGUGACCACUUCAAAACUUCAGAACAAGGCAUAUGGAGAGGCUCUCAGCUUACUGCUAAAAGAAACCGUAGGCUAGUUGUGUUUUCAAAUUCAGGGAAUGGACAUAAAGGAUGUAAGGCUCAACAGAUUGUGUUUUCUACUCCAUUGGAUCAGAUCCUAGGCACAUGA